UACACCUGUGUUAUAGGUGCGGUAGAUAGUGAUACUGAAACCACCUGCCACGUUUUAUUGCUAUUACUCUUGUGAGCCAUUUCACUAUUUAACGUGUCAUGAGUGCGGAGCCAGAAUCAUGUAAUUUAACACCUGUGUCCUCUUUACAGGACGACCCGGACACUGAAGUGGAAGUUACAGAAAGUUCGGGAAACUUGAAUAUGGAUUUACAACAGCCCAUUUUCUCCGCGUUGAAUGUACUCCAGAAUGAAAUUCACUCAGCUAAAGACGUCUCCGGGUUGUCUGGAAAGGUUGCUGCUACAUCAGCGGUGACAACCUCCGACUCAGAAUCUGGUAUAUUUUCCGGUGAAUCGGAACUUUGUGUGGAACAUGAAUCCGACCUGGACUGGUUCUGCUGCUCAGAGCAGAAACUCAUAUGCUCGCACUGCGCCAUAAUGGGAUCCUGCCAGGGACACAAGGUGACACCCCUGGCCAGCAGAGUGACAGCAGUCAGGAACCAGCUGGUUGACGUGUGUGAGAAAAUGCAGCUGCAGGCCCAGCGCAUCGAGCGCUUUAUUAACAAGACCCUGACUGCCAAAGAGCUGACACUGCAGGUGGAGGCGAGCAGGGCUCGGGAGCGAGUUGUGGCACAGGUCAGUGUGGUGAGGGAGGCUGUGGAGGAGGAGGAGCAGCUGCUGCUAGAAGCAGUGCAAAGGGAGGAGGAGAGGGUGGAGCAGUGCCUCCUCACCCAGAGAGCACACUGGGGCCAGGCCCUGGCUAUGCUCACACAGACACGCACAUUCCUGGUGCACACUCUCACAAACACACCGGACAUACAGCUGGCGACCUUUGGCCAAGAAAUAGCUGAGAGGGUUGAGGAUGCAGAGGGGGUGGGUGAGCCUUAUGACACUGACCAGCUCAACCUGAAUGCAGGCUGCUGUGACAGCAAACUCAUGAGGGGCCUAUGGGCCAGCGCCAUACUGCUGGGGCCAACUGCUUAUGGUUCAGCACAUCUGACAUUUGACGAGCGCACCGUCAGCUCCCUACUGUCCCUCUCAGAAGACCUUUGCACUCUGACCUUCCUGCCUAAGAGGUCACGCCAGUCCCCGCCCUACGACCCGGCGCGCUUCGACAGCUGGCCCAAUGCGCUGGGCACCCUGGCAAUCUCCUCCGGCACCCACAGCUGGGUGAUGGACAUGGGUGAGAGCGGGGCCUUCAAGAUGGGGGUAUGCUACGCCAGCAUGGGGCGCAAGGGCUCGGGCAACGACUCACGCCUGGGCUACAACGCCCAGUCUUGGGUGAUCUCCAAAUAUGACUGGGACUUCUCCUUCUGCCAUGCGGGGAAGAACACACCCCUGCACGUGAUCCACAAGCCCAAGAGUCUAGGGCUGCUCCUGGACUGGCCCAGUCAGACCCUGGUAUUUUAUGACCCAGACUCCAGUGCCGUGUUGCACUCUGUCAGACAUGCCUUCAGUAGCCCGCUGCUGCCUGCGUUCGCCGUGGCUGACCGCAGUAUCACCAUACUGCACUGACAUCUGAAGUAACCGUCUGUAUUGCCAUUGAUAUAGAAUUACAGAUAACACUUUCAUAAGCCAUAUCAUAUGAGUUGAUAACAUAACAUUUUAAGGGCCUAUUAAUUCUUAUAACAAGUAAUAAUGCAUUAUACCUGCUAAUAAAAUCUUACUGAAUUACUCAUAUUUGUACAUAAUUCUAAUAGAAUAGAAUACUAUCAAAGCUUCACAAUGUAUUUUAAUGUAAUCAAAUUGGCCAAAAUUAGGCUCUUAUGUCUGUCUGCAUAGAUGAGGUAUGCAGUCAGUUCUUCUUUGAUGAGAACUAUAUUUAUAAUGUAUUCUUUGUUUAUCUGAAGUACUGCUUCUGUAUAUAUUUCUGUAUGUGUCUGUUGAGCAAAUUAUACAGUAGUCCUAAUGUGUCAGUGAUGCAUUUGUAGUGAAGUGUGUCCCAAACUCUUCAUUUAAGUUUUGAAGUAUGCUAUUUAUAUUUAUUGUACUGUUAUGAUCUGAUAAUACAUUUUGAUAACUUAAGUGAAGUGAACGUUUUCUACCUAGAGAGACCCCUGUGUGCGGGACUGGUUGAUCCAGAAGUUGCUCAGUGUGCUACCUGUCAAAUGUAUUAAAAUAUUUUUGAUUGUCUGA